AUGGCGUGCGAUUCCCGGCGUGGUUCCGGCGACCAGCCGGCGCUUCCCGCGUCGCGCAACGCGCGGAUCGCGUGGCUGGCGGCCUUGGCGGCAGCCUUGAACAGCCGCAUCCACGGCCGCGUCCACGGCUUCAGCGCGCCCGCGGUACAGAGGCCGCGGCCGUCAGCUCUCUCCGCACCGGGCGCGGCCACCCCGCGGCGGUCGCGGAAGGUCCAGGUGCUCCGCCGCGGUCUGCCGGAGGUGGCCAUCCUGGGGGGCCUGGCGGUUUUGUCCGCGCUGCGACCCCGAAGUGCGCCUGGGCCUUCAGAUGCUUUGAGGAAAAACGUUGAGGACGCGCGGAAGGCGUUGAAAGGCACUCCGCGGGAGAAGUUGCAGCAGGCGCUCAAGCAGUUGGCGGUGGUCGAGGCUCAAUUGGAAGCCGCGACCGGCGACAAGCUGGAUUACCCGCUGCCUGAUUAUUUGAAGUCUGCCAGCGAGAGUGGGAAAAUUAUGCUGGCCAUCACAGGAGCCUCGGGCGUCGGGAAGUCAUCCUUGGUCAAUGCUCUACGAAGGGUGAAGGACACCGACGCGGACGCGGCAGAGACCGGCGUGAAGGAAACCACCACGGAACCCACGAUGUACAGCUUUCGCCCGAAGGAGGGCCUCUUUGAGCAACGCUUCUACCAGGCGCGGCCGGAGGACUUGGAGCUGGAGGUGGGUGUCCAGGUGGUCCUGGGCAAUGUGGCCUAUGUGGAGGACGGCACCGUGGCCGAGGUGCUGAAGACCUGCGGGCACGAGAAGUGGGAGGUGCGGCUUGAGACUGGCUCGGUGAUUCAAGUGGACAGCUCCAAGGUGGUGGGGCUGCCCUUGGACGUGGUGAUCUGGGACCUUCCAGGCGCCGGGACCCCGAACUUCCCGCAGGCCACCUACCUGAAGCGCAUGGGGAUUCGCUACUUCGAUGUGGCCUUGCUGGUGACCUCGAGCCGUUUCACCGAGGCUGAGUUAAUGCUCUCACGGGAGCUGGAGAAGUUCCAGGUGCCGUACUUCAUGGUGAGAAACAAGGUGGAUGUGGACAUUGACUCGGAGAUUGUGAAGGAGGAGGAGGCUCACGAUGACGAGGAGCUUAGUAAGCAGCAGAAACUCGAGGUGGCCACGCAGACCAUCGAAUGCAUCAAGGACUACUUCCAGAUCGAGUACGGCCUAGAUCAAGUCUAUUGUGUUUCAGCCCGGAGGAAGCUUCGGAAGGCGCAUGACUUUCCCAGUCUCGAACGAGAUAUCUUAGACGCGGUCCGCGUGCAGCGUGGCUACUGA